AUGGUUUGUAUCGGAGCAGUUGCGAUUGACAAUUUCGACGUGACAAUAUUUGUCAAGAACAUGGCCAACACUGUCUUAAACUAUUCAGUUUUGAUGUACGGUUUCACGAUGCCAUCGGUGAUGCUCUUCUACAACGAACUCUGGCAGAAGGAACUCAAGAGCAUCGUUAAGAGGAUUUGCUUUCGACCAGAAGAUAACCAUCGGGCAGUAAAUACGAAGUCCACUUUUGGUAUGGACAUGAUGGUGAAUACUAAAGAAACCUCCCAACGGUACUUCGACAUGCUACGGAAGGAAUGGUACUAA